AUGGCCGAGCUAAACUAUUCGCUGAUUGAAAAAUUGUGCUUGGCACUUUAUUUUGCGGCUACUAAGUUGCGCCAUUACAUGCUUCCUUCGGUCGUUCAGAUUAUCUCCAAGACCGAUCUCAUAAAGUAUAUGCUCACUCGGCCGAUCAUACGCGGCCGAAUUGGGAAAUGGAUGAUGGCAUUAUUUGAAUUCACUUUCCAAUAUGUGGCUCAGAAGUCGGUCAAGGGUCAGGCAUUGGCCGAUUUCCUGGCUCAUCACCCGGCCCAGGGGCAAGAAGAGGAGUUGGAGGUCGAGAUCGGCAUGGCCCGCAUGGAGAAGAACUACUGGACCAUGUACUUCGACGGAUCCAGUAUCGAGGCCAGGUCAGGAGUCGGAGUCAUGAUCGAGUCCCCUCAAGGGCAAAGAUGGCAAUUCGCAUUCCAACUUGAUUUCAAAUGCACCAACAAUCAGGCCGAAUACGAAGCACUCAUUAUCGGUCUCGAAAUCCUGAAAGAGAUGAAGGCAACCCGUGUUUUGGUCUAUGGAGACUCUCAGCUAGUUAUUAACCAACUGACCGGGGAAUACCAGUGCACAAACGAGAAUUUAACUAUGUAUUACGUGACGGCCCUCAAUACGGCCGACAAUUUCUCCAGGAUUUCCUUUGUCCACAUACCGCGCGCCGAAAACUAUGAGGCCAAUGAAAUGGCCCAGGUAGUGUCAGGCGUAAAUAUUCCGGACGACGACCGCGAUCGUGUGAUAAGAAUCGAGAGGCGUACCUUGCCGGCUUUGGCCGAAAGAGGAAUGGCAGCACAAGUAUCAUCGGCCGAGCUCACCGAUGAAGUCAGCACGGCGGAAGCCGAUUGGCGCUACCCCAUAGUGAAAUAUUUACGUAACCCCUCCGGUAGCCAUGAGAGGACUACAUGUUUCCGGGCUCGGUGUUAUUUAAUUUAUCAAAACGAGCUAUAUCGAAAGGGGUCAGACGGCUUAUUGCUCCUAUGUCCCAGCGUCGAAGACAUCAAGGUCAUCAUGACCGAAUCACACGAAGGGAUUUGCGGCGCUCACCAGUCUGGUGUCAAGAUGAGAUGGCUGGUUCGGAGGCACGGCUAUUAUUGGCUGACCAUUCUAAAAAACUGCAUAGGGUAUGUGAGGGGGUGCAUCAAGUGUCAAAUCUACGGCCCCAUACAAAGGGUACCGGCCGAAGCUCUCCACCCAGUUACUAAACCGUGGCCGUUCAGAGGGUGGGCCGUGGACAUCAUCGGCAAGAUCCAUCCGGCCGCGUCCAACCAGCACGCAUGGAUUUUGGUGGCGACCGACUAUUUUACUAAAUGGGUCGAGGCAGAGUCCUAUCGGUCAAUUUCUAGCGCACAGGUGGUCAAGUUCUUCGAGAAUCACAUCGUCCGCAGGUUUGGUAUACCUGAGACUAUCACGGCCGUUAUCCUGAGACUAUCACGACCGAUAACGGCCUAG